AUGGAGUCUUACACUCUCGAGGCUCGCUUCAAGCGGAUGUCCGUCAGCGACGAGAAUGGAGAGGACCAGAAAGCGAAGACCAGAGGAAUUACGGCAUCGCUGUCACAUAACUCGAGCAAGCCAAACCUCCCCAAGAUCGCUCUUAAAAGCCGGAAGCAAACCACACCGGUAACGUCCCCUCCUAAAGCAACGACCCGAACCCCAGAGUCGAGAGCUAGUCCGGUAAAAUCGACUGCAGAACCUCGACUAGAGCCCAAACUCAUUGAACAGCCUGCUAUAAAGACAUUCCACUUAGGUAUGUUCGAGAUCGGCAAGCCGCUGGGCAAGGGCAAAUUUGGCCGUGUGUAUUUGGCGCGGGAGCGCGAGCAUGGCUUCAUCCGUGCACUGAAAGUCUUGCAUAAGAAUGAAUUGCAUCACGCCCGAGUCGAGAAGCAGGUGCGGCGGGAGAUUGAAAUACUGGGCAACCUACGCCACCCCAAUAUCCUUAGGUUAUAUGGCCAUUUCCACGACAAUAGGCGUAUAUUCCUUAUUCUCGAGUUUGCUGGGAAGGGCGAGUUGUAUAAAUACCUUCGUAGAGAAGGUCGGUUCUCUGAGUCGAAGGCAGCACAAUAUAUCUCACAAAUGGCGAGCGCGCUCCGUUAUCUUCACCACAAACAUGUCAUCCAUCGUGAUAUCAAACCUGAGAACAUCUUGGUUGGCAUCCAUGGUGAGAUCAAGAUCUCAGAUUUCGGCUGGAGCGUACAUGCGCCUAGUAACCGCCGGACCACUUAUUGUGGAACACUCGACUACCUGCCGCCAGAAAUGGUCAACCCGCGCAGGUCAGACAACUCCUGCGACGAAAAGGUUGACCUAUGGUCCUUGGGCGUGUUGACGUACGAGUUUCUGGUAGGCGAGGCUCCGUUUGAAGACUCUCCCGUCAUGACAACUAGGAGAAUUGCAAGAGCAGAUAUGAAAAUCCCUUCAUUCGUUACUGCUGAGGCUAAGGACCUUAUUCGACAAUCCAACAACAUCCCUGGAUCGUCGAACACUGCCGAAUGGGGAGAUAGCUAUGAUGGGGCCUCUAUUAUUUUCAACUUUCUUAAGUGGAGCGCUGCUGGCAGUUUUGGUACAGCCGAGUCGGAGAUUGACCCUAUCCGGAAGCGAGGGAAAUAG